AUGGAAGAACCCCUCUUCAUAUUGCAGCCGAGAAAAAAUUGCAUAGAAUUGGCGAAACUUCUUCUUUCUCAUGGCGCAAAAGUCAAUAUAAAAGAUGAUCAUGGCGAAACAGCUCUUAAUAAGGCCUCACGCUAUAAUAAUGACGAAAUAGUGAGGCUUAUUAUUUCGUAUGGAGCUAAAAAAUAA